AUGCAAAAUAACAAUAACUCACUAGAGCCGUGUAUGUCCUUUACCAUAUCACUAUUGCUGAUAUGUGUGUCAAUUGUGUCGGUGAACGGGUAUCCGUCCAACACGUUUCGCGAUCUUGAUAUUUGCAACCACUGGAAUGGGCGGCGACAUUUUCUGGAAUUGGGUGAACGUGGAGAUUUGCAUGCGCGCAAUGUCACCACAUCAGCUUUCCGAAGCACACUCUUCUCGCCUACGAAUCCCAGCCAAAUGAAGAAUCGCAGCAGCACGGAUAUAUGGUAUCAGUGCAACUUGGAGCUUGUGACUUGCGCCGAGUGUGUUAUACGUAUCACAUUCACUCAUGUUAAUUUCUCGAAAACAUGCGAACGCAUUGCUAAUGCCGGAAUUGGAAAGUCAUCAUUAUGUCCUUGCGAGCACAUUCAAUUCUCAGAACCACCAUAUGAUUCAACGAUUUCGGGACAGGAAUUUUGCGGAGAUGGCAAGGUCUUUCGCAGUAAAACGCGUACACUUUUACUAAAAUUUUUCUAUCGCGCCACGAAUAGUCAUGUCUUUUCGCUGCAAUAUUUUUCGGAAAGAAAUGUUAAGAUCGUCAGCGGUUCUCCGAGACAAGCCAUAAUUAGUAACUAUUCCAAAGCUGAACCUCACAUCAUAUCAACACCGUACUUUCCAAUGCCAUAUCCGCGUGACUAUGGCAUUGAGCAUAUACUAACGUGUGAAUCUGAGAAUUGUCAAGUUCGUCUGGAUUUUACUGAUUUUCAAUUAGGACUCACUUCGACGCUGGAAAUAUUUGAUUCCAACGGUCAAAUGUUAGACUCCUAUACUGGUGAACACUUCCGGCCGCCAAUCACGAUUAGCAACGGUAAAUCACUUUUACUGCAAUUUCGUGGCAAUGGCAAUACUGGCGUAGGAUUUCGCGGCGAAAUAACUUUCGUCUCAUCCAAGCAAUUGAAAGAAGAUCGUUUAGUCCCAUAUACCGAUUGUGGCGGCAUGGUUUCUGGACCAGGUGGCGCAAUCACUAUGAUGAACAUGAUUGAAAAUAGUACCGAUGUGAGAUUCUACGACUGCAUAUGGAUUAUUAAGCCCGGCAACAAUUACAUGAUGAUGAAGACGCACAUAUCAUUGCGCGUCGAGGAGUUCCAUGGCAUGGCCUCACGGUCCGAUCUGACAAUACGUCAGGGCACUACAUCCGAUGCUGCCGAAAUCGAGAGUGUUGUUUGGCCCAAUAACGGUAUGAGUAAGGAAAGUCAUAUUGUGCCGGUGUUAACGGGAUAUUAUAUACGAUUGCGUGGCGUCUUCGGUAUGUCGUCUAAAUUGGCGAUUUCCUAUAGUGUAUUCAAUUAUUUAAAUUGUUAUAUUGGCUCGGAAUUUUUGUGCGGCAAUAAUCAUUGCAUCUCCAUAAGACUACAUUGUGACGGUUUCGAUCAUUGCGGCGACGGCUCAGACGAACCGGAGUCAUGCGAAGAGGAUUGGGCGCAUUUGCAGAAUGAUCGUCGCUGGUAUUCGCAUAAGCCGAAUUAUUACUUUCCCAAAAUCGAACAAUAUCCUGACCUAAAAACGGCUACUGGAAUAUUUAUAAUAAGUACACUUGGCAUAUUUGCCGUGCUAACGGCAUGGAUGGUGAUAUUGUAUCGGAUGGGGGUUAGAGCACGCCAUCAGCGCGAACUGCAGAAUCAUCUGCAAACUAUAAGCGAAUUAUUGGAUCGUCAAGAGGAGAUGUCACCGGACGAGCCCCCAAGUUAUGAAGCACCACCUGACUAUGACGAGGUUAUCAAAGUGGGCAUGGAACAGGAAAUACGUGAUGCACGCCAACGUCAACGUCGCCGCCACCAACAUCAUCCUGGCUGCGGACAAUCCACUUGUAUUGUUCCACAUACCCACUCUUGCGAUCGUCCAACUACAUCGGCGGCAGCUGCGGCUCUCACACUCGGUGGUACAGUACCUGUAGAUGGUGCAGGCUCAAUAGCACCAGAUGCAGAAAUACGUAAUGAAUUGGCCAAUCGUGUACUAAUGGCGACCGCAAUUUGUGGCCCUGCAGGCGCGUCAGAGCCGAGCUCAACAACGCAGGGAUGCUGUUGCUGUCAAUCCAUGGGGGUUCCGACGUGCCCGUCAUCGCUUCCCGUUGGGUGCGAAUUAUCCCCUACCGUUGGUGAACAACCGGAGGUCGCAACCAGCUCUGCCGGAACGCCGAGUCAACUUGAGGAACGAAGUGACGAAUUUAGAGAUGACUCACUCAAUAUAUCGCUCUCUCUAGGCAUACCACACACAACAAUGGUUCUCAGUGAAAAUAAUUCAAAUAUUUCAUCCCGCCCCAAGAGUACAACUAACUACAGCGAACAAACUUAUUUGAAACGUUCGUGGGUCGUCGUAAAUAACGGUACACAUAAUUACAAAAUUCAACGCUUGCGUCAUACUUUCUCGGUGCCAGAAUCAUUUCCAUUUGACGCUUAUUACCCUGAUGUUAUAAAUUAUGGCACCAAUCUACCACAUGAACGCCACCUUUUUCUCAGCAAUGCUAGCAACUUUGGUUCCGAGCUGUCAAGAGAUCCAUCUGCACAUUGCAUCAACACUCGACGUCUUCAACAACAGCAAUUUGUUCCAACAUCAACACCACAACAACGCAAUGCUAUACUCCAACUUUACAAUGAGAGCCCAGUUAAUACCAACACAACGGACACUGCGGCUCAAAUAACAACACACAACCAAACUCACCAAAACCAAGCAACUGAUCCUGACAAUUUAUGUGAGCAUUUGCUACACAAUGAAAUGGAUAGUGAUUGUGAGCGUGAAGUUUCGUGUUUUGGUGCGGUUAGCAAAAGUAAAUGUGCGAGACGGGGCCACGUCAGACGUCAUGUGCGUAGCAAAUCCUUCACAAAUUCAACUAGCAGCCAACAACGUCACCACCAACGAAAUACUGGAGGGGGUGUAAUGAGACGAAGCUCAUCAGCAGAUUUGCUACUACGUUUUAGUCCAGUUACUUCACCUAAGCAGGAGGAAUCGUUUAAUGGCUUGGGUGGUACAAAACAACAAUAUCCAAAGCAUGAAGAACUAAUUUAUUUAAUUUAAUGAAAGUUGGGAAGAGCUUCUAACGGUCGGCUGUGAUUGUGGAAUUGGUAUAAAUUAAUUUAAAGAAGACAAGCUUGGUGGCUAUGAUUUGAAUGUGAUUAGUUACUAAUUUUCUAAUGUAAUCUAUUAUUUAUGUUAUUACUCAAAUCGACAUUGUAAAAAUAUAUUCCUAAAUAUGUGUGUAUUAUUCCUUAUUGCCCUAUUUAUUUAUCACUUUUAUGAGUAUGUAAAUCAAAUGGUAUAUAAUGUGUAUUACGAAGACAUGGAAAUUUAACGCGCCGUGGAUUUAAAUAAAAAAUAAAAUAAUUUGAUAAAGACAUUUGUA